UGGCAGUCGCCAGUCAGGAUGGUCACGAUCUCACGAUAGUCAGUCAGUUCGCACGAAGCGACUGCUGAAUGCGUGCCAGUAUUUGUAGCGUCGCUUGACGCUGAGAGUUGUUUAGGUUUUGAAGAAAAUUCUACCGAGAAUCUUACAAAGAUGUCGCAACUCGAUGCAUACUACGAGGUCGUCUUAUCGUUGGUUCAGGAAGCUGGUGCGGUUAUCAGAGACAAGAUCAACAGGCCAAAGGAUAUUAUGACAAAAUCCUGUGACAUUGACCUUGUAACUGAAUCUGAUCAGCAGGUGGAGAAGCUUCUGAUAGAUGGUCUCUCCUCGAAGUUUGCUGAUCAUAAAUUCAUCGGGGAGGAGAGCAGUAGUCCCGGGGAAAAAAUUGAAUUGACAGACGCACCUACGUGGAUCAUAGAUCCCAUAGAUGGUACCAUGAAUUUCGUUCAUGGUCUACCCCACACUUGUGUCUCUAUAGGACUUUUGAUCGAUAAGGUACCAGAAAUCGGUAUCGUCUACAAUCCUAUUUUGGAACAAUUGUUCACUGCUAGAAGAGGUCAAGGAGCAUUCUUAAAUAAUUCACCGAUUCACGUUUCCAAUCAGAAAGAAUUAUCAAAAGCGUUAAUAAUGUUGGAGAUGGGUACGAGUAAAGAUCCUGAAAAAAUGAAAAUCGUCAUGGAGAAUCUUCACGUCCUGACACCACAAGUUCAUGGCUUGAGAGCUCUUGGAUCAGCAGCAUUGGAUAUGUGCAUGGUAGCUCUGGGUGGAGCUGAUGGUCAUUUUGAAUUUGGAAUCCAUGCCUGGGACAUUGCAGCUGGUGAUUUGAUUGUCAGAGAAGCUGGUGGUAUCUGCAUAGAUCCAGCUGGUGGACCACUCGAUCUUAUGAGCAGAAGAGUUCUGUGCGCCGCCACCACAGAACUAGCCCAGGAACUCGCAAAAUCCUUAAUUCAGUAUUAUCCGGAACGAGAUUAAUCUUUUGUAAUCUCUAGUGAGUCAUAAUGACUCGUUAUAAAGAGUGUGAAUUUUCGUACUGGUAUAUCAAUUAAAUUUGUCGAGAUGCUCCUGUGUACGUAAUUGUAUUAUGUUGUUUAACGUUGGUCCAGAAAUGCCAAUAGAAUGUCUUGAUGAUACAUACGUGUUCUACAAGGAUACGAAUAUUUUUGUAAAAAGAAAUAUGCGAUAUCAUAUCCAUUAUUUAUUGUAUUAACUCUAUUUCCAUAUGAUGGAUGUUACUGCCGAACAUUAAUUGAAUAUAUGUAUCUCAACCUGCGUUAAAUAAACAUACUGUAUCUACUA